UUACCAUCGUCGUCUACCCUGAUUGGCUGUGGUAUUUCAGCAGGGACAAGCGUCUGUUUCUUUGUGCUAGACUCCCCACAGCCGCGAGGAGGUGAGUCCUCUGUCACCUGUGAUGCUGUCCAAUAAGAAGUCAGACCCAGGCUCCUCUUCCUCAGGGGGUAACGGCGGUGACCGUGCUCCUGAAAUCCUCCCUGUCCCUCAGGCUGGUCCGGCUGGUCCCUCUGGCCCGGGUUCAGCAGAUGUGAAAAAGAAAGAGAGAGCCUCCCCAAGUGGGGAACCAGGUGGACCCCCUCUCUUGCACCCUCCUGGACCAGGAGGGAUUGAUCAGGACUCUGCAGAGGGGCGCAGAACCAGUCGCCGCAAGAGGGCCAAGCAGGUGGAGUACAGGGAGAUGGAUGAGAGUCUCGCCAAUCUGUCGGAGGAUGAGUAUUACUCGGAGGAAGAGAGGAACGCUAAAGCUGAGAAAGAACGCAAACAGGUGGUUCCUCCACCAGCCCCACCAAUAGAGGAGGAGAAUGACAGCGAACCUGAGGAACCAUCAGGUAUGGAAAGAGGUGUAGAGGGGGCUGCCUUCCAGAGCCGUCUCCCACAUGACCGUAUGACAUCACAGGAAGCUGCAUGCUUUCCUGACAUUAUCAGUGGACCACAGCAUACUCAGAAGGUGUUCUUAUACAUCCGGAACCGCACACUUCAGCUAUGGUUGGACAACCCCAAAGUUCAACUGACCUUUGAGGCCACUGUGCAACAGCUAGAAGCUCCAUACAACAGUGAUGCUGUGCUGGUGCACCGGAUACACAGCUACCUGGAGAGACAUGGGUUUAUCAACUUUGGCGUCUACAAGAGAGUAAAACCUCUGCCAACAAAGAAGACUGGAAAGGUGAUAGUGAUUGGAGGUGGGGUGUCAGGGCUGGCAGCAGCAAGACAACUGCAGAGUUUUGGGAUGGAUGUGACUGUUCUGGAGGCAAGAGAUCGUGUAGGAGGCCGAGUGGCCACUUUCAGGAAAGGGAACUAUGUAGCUGACCUUGGUGCCAUGGUAGUGACUGGACUGGGUGGAAACCCUAUGGCUGUAAUCAGUAAACAGGUCAACAUGGAGCUGGCCAAGAUCAAACAGAAGUGUCCACUCUAUGAGGCCAAUGGACAAGCUGGAGAGCGCUGCACAAGUGUCCCUAAAGAGAAGGAUGAGAUGGUAGAGCAAGAGUUCAAUCGCCUGUUAGAGGCGACAUCGUAUCUCAGCCACCAGCUGGACUUCAACUUUCUUAACAACAAACCCGUGUCUCUGGGACAAGCCCUAGAAGUCGUCAUACAGCUGCAGGAAAAACAUGUGAAAGAUGAACAGAUCGAACACUGGAAGAAGAUUGUGAAGACUCAAGAGGAGCUCAGAGACCUUUUGAACAAGAUGGUGGGUACUAAGGAGAAAGUAAAAGAGCUGCAUCAGCAGUAUAAAGAGGCCAGUGAGGUGAAGCCACCCAGAGACAUCACAGCUGAGUUCCUGGUGAAGAGCAAACACAGAGACCUCACAGCUCUCUGCAAGGAGUAUGAUGAACUGGUGGAGAUGCAGGUUAAGCUAGAGGAGAGACUACAAGAGCUGGAGGCCAACCCACCCAGUGAUGUUUAUCUGUCUUCGAGAGACCGACAGAUUCUUGACUGGCACUUUGCAAACCUGGAGUUUGCCAAUGCUACACCUCUGUCCACGCUCUCGCUCAAACACUGGGAUCAGGACGAUGAUUUCGAGUUCACGGGAAGUCACUUGACUGUGCGAAAUGGAUACUCAUGCGUACCAGUGGCACUGGCAGAGGGUUUGGAUAUCAAACUCAACACUGCAGUGAGACAGGUCCGAUACACAUCAUCUGGUUGUGAGGUGAUAGCGGUAAAUACCCGCUCCACUACCCAGACGUUUAUUUAUAAGUGUGAUGCCGUGUUGUGUACCCUUCCUUUGGGAGUGAUGAAGCAGCAGCCGCCGGCCGUGCAGUUUGUGCCUCCGCUGCCGGAAUGGAAGACGGCUGCCAUCCAGAGAAUGGGCUUUGGGAACCUCAACAAGGUGGUGUUGUGUUUUGAUAGAGUAUUCUGGGACCCCAGUGUUAACCUCUUUGGACAUGUGGGAAGUACCACGGCCAGUCGAGGGGAACUGUUUCUCUUCUGGAACCUCUACAAAGCACCCAUACUGCUGGCUCUGAUGGCAGGAGAGGCUGCAGGCAUUAUGGAGAAUAUUAGUGAUGAUGUCAUUGUUGGCCGUUGUCUGGCAAUCCUCAAGGGUAUCUUUGGAAGCAGUGCAGUACCUCAGCCAAAAGAGACGGUCGUGAGUCGCUGGCGGGCCGACCCCUGGGCUCGUGGGUCCUACUCGUACGUUGCAGCUGGUUCGUCAGGGAACGACUAUGAUCUAAUGGCCCAGCCCAUCACACCUGGUCCUGCCAUACCUGGAGCCUCACAGCCUGUUCCACGUCUGUUCUUCGCGGGUGAACACACGAUUAGAAACUACCCUGCUACGGUGCACGGCGCUUUGCUGAGUGGGCUGAGGGAGGCAGGAAGGAUCGCUGAUCAGUUCCUGGGAGCCAUGUACACUAUGCCACGCCAAGCAACAGCCAAUCCAAACCCACAGCCCUCCCCCAGCAUCCAAUAAACAUCUAAGCCCUGCACAUGAUGCAGCCAGAGAGAGAAGGAGUUGGGGGUUGUCGGUAAAAGAAUGUCUUGGUAGAUAAAGAGCGGGAGGGUCAAGUCAGGACACUGGGUGACUCCUUAGACUGAGAAUGUGUGUGUGUAUUUAUGGGAGAGUUUGUCUACGUGUAAGAACAUGCCUUUAGGGAAAUCAUUCACUAAUCUGAGAGCUGGAGCCAGGAUUUAAAGGAACCUUUCACUCAGUUCCCUCCUGUCAUGCCAGCUAACUUCUAGGUCAUCUCAAAGGACAGGUGGAUGGUUCCCGACGAAUUCCCAGGUAUGUUGGAAUUUACCUGAAAUGGUUUGCUCCCUUCUAAGGCACAUAUAAGGACAAGUAUUUAGACUUAAUGUUACUCAUGUCUCAAAGUAUAAGAUGUUUCAAGGCAGAGCAUUAAAAUUUCAGUUGUAAAAAACCGAUAGGAGAUGGACAUUAAUGCAUUAGUUGAAAUCCCAACUGCCUACACAACCCAUUCCUUAUUUUUUCAGAAUAAUAAAAAAGAAAAAACAAAAGCAGAUAUUUUGACUUUACAAUGUCCCUCACUUUGUAGCUUGAAUGAUUUGUUAGGAAAAAUUGUCUUAGCUGGAAUGCACAUUAAAUUGCUAAUAUUAUUUGUUUCUGUUAAAAUAGAGUAUCAGUUAUAUAGCUUUGUAUCUUUUUUGAGCAGUUGAAGUUUUUCUUAAGUUUUAUUUGUUUAAUUGUGGUCAUUGUGAUCUUUUUUUAUAUUUAGUUUUUUUGGUAUUAAAAAUAAAUAUGAAAUCAGCUUCA